GGCUGGGGGGAAGGGGCGGGGCCAGAGCUGUGGUGGGAGAGUUUGUCGGUGUUUGCCGGGCGUGUGCGGAGGCUGUGGGAAAGUCGGAGACUCGGGGACAGGAUGAGUCUGCAGUGGACCGCCGUGGCCACCUUCCUCUACGCAGAGGUUUUUGUGGUGCUGCUUCUAUGCAUCCCCUUCAUUUCGCCCAAAAGGUGGCAGAAAGUCUUCAAAUCCCGCCUUGUUUUGCUGGUUGUGACCUACGGCAAUACCUUCUUUGUGGUUCUCAUUGUUAUCCUUGUCCUGCUGUUUAUCGAUGCCAUUCGUGAGAUUCGCAAGUAUGACGAUGUGACCGAGAAGGUGAACCUCCAGAACAACCCUGGGGCCAUGGAGCACUUCCACAUGAAGCUUUUCCGUGCCCAGAGGAAUCUCUACAUUGCUGGCUUUUCCCUGCUGCUGUCGUUCCUGCUGCGGCGCGUGGUGACACUCAUCUCCCAGCAGGCCACGCUGCUGGCCUCCAACGAAGCAUUUAAGAAACAGGCGGAGAGCGCUAGCGAGGCGGCCAAGAAGUACAUGGAGGAGAACGAGGAGCUGAAGAAGGCGGUCGGUGCCGGCGGCGGGAAGCUGGACAGCAAGGACAACCUGGGGAACGUAGAGGAGGAGAACCGGACCCUGAAGGCCGACGUGAAGAAGCUGAAGGACGAGCUGGCCGUCAGCAAGCAGAAGCUGGAGAAAGCCGAGAACGAGGCUCUGGCCAUGCGCAAGCAGUCCCAGGGCCUGACCAAAGAGUACGACCGCCUGCUGAAAGAGCACGCCCGGCUGCAGGCGGCGGUUGAUGGGCCCACAGACAAGAAGGAGGAGUGAGGCCUGGCGCCUCCUUGCACGGGGCUCUCCACUGCUCGUGCUGCCUUGAGGCUCAGCGCCCUCCCCCCCCACUUCCCUGCAUGCUCCAGUUCAGAGCCCAAGGCUCCUUCUCUCGGCACUAUCGAGAGGGUAUGAAGAGGCAGUUGAGUGUUCAUCUUGGGGUCAAUAAAGAAUCUGUUCUCCGUUUGGGGGACGGAGUGUGUGUAGA